AUGUCCGAAAGCGAAUUCUGGAUGCCCUAUCAUCUGCUCCAGCAGGCUUCAACCUACCCUACGAUCACUUGUGGAGACUACUUCUACCGUGAGCAAGAAUUGGGGCCUCCCGCGGAUCAUCCAUUCUACUUCGAGCUUUACGUGAGUCCCAAUAAAGCUGCACUGGAUAAGAUGGUCGACAAUCUUUGCAAGCUUCAACCGAAAGCGAUAAUGGUCACUGCGGAUCUACCGGUUUUCAGCAAAAGAGAAACAAACGAGCAAUAUGAAAAACGGAUAGCAAAACAGAAGCGAGCUUCUGAGCCCAAAACAACAACGGCCGAAAGGCAAGACAAACUCGGUCGGGUGGGAUAUCGAUUGACCCUAACCUAUGCUGGAGCAACAUUGAGCGGCUUAUUGAAAGAACGGGUAUUCCCAUCUUCAUCAAAGGGAUCCAGUGCGCGGGAAAUGUACUGCAAGCGUGGAAAAUCGGGUGCAAGGGUAUCUACAUCUCUAAUCAUGGCGGACGAGCUGCCGACACAGCUCAACCUACGAUACUUACUCUCGCCGAAAUGUGUCUACAUUACCCCUUCAUUUUGA